GUAUAUCUGACAAAUAAGAAAACGUUUUACAGAAAUUAAGCAGUGCUAAACAAGAUGGCGUACAGACUACAUAUAUUAACUGUUAUAGUUCUCGUUGUAUUUGGUGUGAAUGCAAAGAGAAAUGUUGCUGUUCUUAAUUGUGACAAUAUACGUGUUGGUGGAGACGUCGAUGUUUCCAACAGUCAACCUGUGAUUGUACCUGCCGACUGUAACAAGGGACAAAUUCAGUGGCAUUUGCCAAACAAGGACACGCACCUGCAUGUGCAGUUCCUGAAUCAGAAUGCACCUCAUUGCUUCACCAGUCGAUAUCCCGUGGCUUUUGCCAAGUAUUCUGUGAUUUUAAACAAUGAAAGCAACACACCAUAUAGAGGAAACACGCCUUGUUUCUCAGCGUCAAAUGUGGAAGUGGCAGUGGCAACAAAUCGCAGACAAUACGCCAUAUUUGUUGACUUUGAAACUUAAAAACUUUCACCUGUAGCAAAGUAACUGAAAUAUAUCAGAAAUCCACAAUAAUUUUACAUUGAUAUUUCAUGUGCAUGUAUUUUUCACAUACAUUUUCUUAUUUUUUUUAAUGUCAUAUAAGAUUUGAAAAUAUUUCUCUUAAUAUGCAAUAGCUGUGAUAUUUUGAAAAUUAAACGAUAAAACAUUUA